AUGACCGCCACGACGACCUACGCCCUCGACCGGCCCAUCAGCGAGACCGGCGGGCCGGAACACGUCCGGCAGGCCCUCGCCGGCACGGCCGUCGAGCCCGCCAACUACAGCUUCCACGCCGACGACGGCACGCGCCUCGUCUACCACGUCACCGGCCACGGCCCCGAACUCGUCCUCGGCACAUCCCCCGGCUGGGGCCCCGGCAUCAACUACAUCGUCUCGGGCUUCGCGCCCCUCUCCACCAGCGGGCGCGCCACGCUCGUCGUCCUGCAAACGCGCGGCACCCUCCCCUCCGCGCACCCCGCCGACGAAACCCGCAUGGGCUCGCGCCACAUGGCCGCCGACCUCGACGCCCUCCGCCGGCACCUCCUCGUCGACAAGCCCGUCACCGUGCUGGGCCACUCCAACGGCGGCGCCAUCGCGCUCGCCUACGCCGCCGACUUCCCAUCCCACUGCGCGCGCGCGGUCCUCCUCGGCGCGCAGGUCAUCGGCGCGAAGGACCAGGGCCCCAUCUUCAUGCGCGCGCUCGAGGCGCGCCAGGACGACCCGCGCUUCGCCCCCGCGGUGGCGCGCUUCCGCAGCAUCCUCGGCGCCGAGGCGGGCUUCGCGGGCGACGAGGACCUCACCGAGUUCAUCCAGGCCGUGCUGCCGCUGUACUUCCACGAGCCCGCGCCGGGCGUGGCCCAGUUUGCGAGGGACACGGGCCCGCUGGUGGUGCAGAACUGGGCCAACGCGAAGCAGAGGGCGGCGGAUGCGCAGCCUGAGGCGGUGGUGAUUGGUGAUUUGGGCAGGGUUACGGCGGAUGUGCUCAUCGUGUCGGGCAGUGACGACUUUAUCUGCAGCGUGGACGCGAGUGCGCAGGCCAAGGAGGCGAUUGGGGCCAAGGCGAAGCAUGUCGUGUAUGAGGAGUGUGGGCACAUGGCCUGGAUCGAGAAGAAGGACGAGUUCUUCAAAGAGCUUCUGGCUUUUUUGCCCUGA